UGCAUUUUAAGAAAACCCAGGUGGUAUUCAAGAAACAUUCAUCGAUCAAUCCACCACAGUCUGAUUAGCAUUGCUAAAAGGUCACUACCAGUCAAUCUGAAGACCUCUCGAAUCAACCCUAUCAUCUCCAUUGAGACCCUCGAGUACAUCCGAUGGCCGCUUCUUACGAAUAUGAUGAAUCUGGUCAAUCUGGGUUUUUCGUCUUCACAUUCUUACUGUUGAUUUUGAUCCCGUGGACUAUUUCGACAUUACAAACUAGUCGUAAGAAAGUAGCGAAAGCACCAUGCGCAGGAUGGAAUUUCAAGGAUGAACAAGUGCGAAAAGCCAAAAGUGCAGCACCUGCCGUCAAUUUGAAUCAUGUGGCACUUGCUCUGGGUUGGGCCCUCUUGGGAUAUGUUGGUUAUCGAGCCAGCUUUGUAGAAGCUUCCGCAGGCACUUAUGAUCCAUUCUCCAUCCUUGGAAUCAGCACAGGACUGAGCGACAAGCAAAUCAAACGUCAUUACAAGAGGUUAUCACUCAAAUUUCACCCCGAUAAACUGAAGCUCACUGGUAAUCAAACGAUGGAAGAAGUCAACGCCCAUUUCGUCAACAUAACCAAGGCAUACAAAUCACUCACUGACGAGACGAUACGAAAAAACUACGAAACUUACGGUCACCCCGAUGGGAAGCAAGACUCAUCUAUGGGUAUCGCAUUGCCAAAGUGGAUUGUUGAAAGUCAAAACAACGUCUAUGUUAUUGGGGUUUACGGCUUAGUUUUUGGUCUGUUGUUACCUUGGUUUGUCGGAAAAUGGUGGCAUGGAUCUAGGAAAUUUACCAAGGAUCAAGUGCUCAAUGAAUCGGCUGCUCUGUACUUCACGAAUUUAACAGAAGAGACUCAAUUCUCACAUGCCAUAGAGGUGUUGUCUGCGUCAGUAGAGCUCAAAUUGCUACAUCAGCGCAAUGUAAAGCUCUAUGAGAGUAAAAAUUUCCAAAGACUAGAAGACCAAGUCAAGACUGCGUUGUUCAACCUGACCGGGGAAAAACUCGAUGGAAAGCUGUACAACAAUGGUGAAAAAUAUGUCCGAAGAACGGCCGUUAUGCUAUAUGCACAUAUGCUUCGUGUCCCCAUUACCGAUGCUGGUUUACUCAAAGGUGUGUCUUCGCAUCACUUACUACGGACUCUUGAGCCAGUCAAACAUACCGCGGUGAACUACGCUCGACAUCUCACUACAGGAAUGCAAUCGAUCGUAUUAGGCUACAAUUGGCUCAGCACUUUCCUUGUGAUCACUACCAUUCAACAACGCCUGAUUCAAGCUGUUCAUCCAGCACUAUCACCUCUUCUGCAAUUACCUUACGUUUCAACUAAACUUGCAGAGAAGCUAGCCAAAGAAAAUUCCAUCACCUCACCCGAGCAAUAUUUUGUUCUCCCGGAGGAAGAAAAGCGAAAACUGUUUCCCGAUAUUCAAGGUGUAGAACAGAAACGGUUAGCAGCUGUUUCUGAAAAAUGGCCCAAGCUUGAACUCAUUAGUUCGGAAUUCAAAGUCGUCGGUGAGAAGAUUGUGACACCGGGCUGUGUGAUCCAGUUCACGAUCAAGGUCCGUAUCUCUCCUCCCAAAGCAGCCCUCGGACCCAACCAACAAGAUGAGAAAAAGCCGGAGGAACCAACCGAACAGGAUUUGAAAGGAGAGGAAAUGGAGAUUGAUGAAUUACUAGGUCGCAAGAAGGCAGGGGCUGAUGGCGAGGAGCCCAGUCCCCUUGCACAUGCCCCGCACUACACCAAGGCAUGUCCAACCACACCUUGUGAACUUGAUUUACCCUAUUACCUCCUCGUUGGUGACCACAAACUCAACCGAGUGUUCGUUCAACCUAUCAAGUUCUCCGAUGUAGGCUACACCAAAGUACGAACGCUUCGAACCUCAUUCCAAGCACCCCAAGGUCCUGGUCUUUAUACCUUUCAGGCUUAUAUCAAGAGCGAUUCUUACAUUGGAACCGAUGUUCAAGCCAGUAUGCAAUUACGUGUGGAACCUCCAGAAGCUUUAGAGAAUGACGGAAAUGCGAAUGCAGAAGACGAUAUCUCCGAACCCGAUGAAGAUACAUUAGCUGGACAAAUGGCAGCCAUGAGAGGUCAACCUACCAAAAAGAAACGGGAUGGUAGUGAUAGUGAUGAUACUAGUGGAACUGAAAGUAGUGAAGAGAGUAGUAGUGACUCUGACUCUGAUAGCGAUUGAUGUAGAGUGUUUAGUAGAUUUCGAUUUUAGCAUGGUUUUGAUGUUUUUCAAAGUAUUGUUGCGAGAGCAGAUCCAAAAAUCUUGAUUAGAGAUCCACCAUCUUUUAAGAAUCGGUGUUGAGUUUGUUACAUGCAAAGUUUUCUUCCACAUACGCGUGGUUUUUCGAUAUUUU